UAGCGCAUGUAUUGAAAAUUGCGUUUUUCCCAUAGACUCGUUGCCGCCUCCGCACAUGCCGCCCAUUCAGCACGUAAUGCCACCGCAACAUUUGCCCAAUACUAUGAUGCCGCCGCCGCCCAUGACCAACGUGCCGCCCCCGGGCCAUUCUCAGCCAAUGGCUCCGAUGGCUCAGCAGCAUGUGCCGAUCCCGCCCAACCAUGCAAACACGCGGGCCAACUCCCACACGCCGCCCCAGUACCAACAGGGGCCGCCCCCCCGGCAUGGAAUGCACCACUCGAACGGCCCGCCCAAUCACAAAGGGCAGCCGAACGGUGACUUAAUGCUUAAGACUAAUCGAACUCACCGGCAGCAGCAGAACUAUGCUCAAGCUCCGGAUAGGGGGCAGGCGAUGCCGCCCGGGCAUCCGCAAGGUCCGCCUCCUCAGCAGGAGUGUGGAGCUCACUCGGUGCCGCAGGCGAUGCGUCAGCCGCCCCCCGUCGCGGGCGUUCAGAAUCAGGAGGCCAUGAAGGAGCUCCAUUUGUUCGCCAAGGAGUUCAAUCUGGUCCCGAUGGCGCAUAGCAGUCCGGCAGGGUCCUCAGUGCCUCCGCACUUGGCGGUGCAGCAUGGCGGGCAGAUGCCGCCUCCGGAUGCGGCGCAAAUGGGGCCGCCAGCUCAAGCCCUCAGUGGCGGCACAUCGGCGAAUAGCGCCCAUGCCGCAAAUGCGCCCAGCAGUGGGGCUGAUCAAGGUCAGGCGACUGGGGGCGCACAAACGCAGCCGACUCCCGCGCAAAGUCCGCCAAGCGAUAGCGACAAGUUGCAGACUGCAGUGUCGAAAUCGAAGCUGAACCCCAACGCUAAGGAAUUUGUUUUGAGUCCCAUGCCGAAGCCCUUCCAACCUAGGUCCCCAAGCACGCCGUCGGUUAGUCGGCCUCACACGCCGCAAACACCGUCACAUAAUCCGUAUAUGACGGCAGCAGUUAAUGGGCCUGGCGGGCCCUCAAUGCCGGUGGCUGUGCUGCCCAUGCCUUACAUGACUAUCAGUCAGCCUCAAUAUCAGGCGCCCCCGCCUCAAGCGAACCGAAUGAGGAAGAUGAAUAUGCGGGCUGAGGUGUCGCACAUGCCGCACGCAGCUGCUGUGACCGGACAGCCCCUGUUGGCCCCCGCGCCCCUCCACCAGUACAUUUACAAUCCGCAAGCGGCUGUCCAUGGCAUGAACCAAGCAGCUUAUCAGCCAGCUGCCGUUGCUUCAUUGCAGGCUGCAGCUCUGGGGCGCAUGUACGAUGCAGGAGCUGUAGCUACCACCACACAG